AUAAGCGGGUGGUUAAACACCUCUAAAGAUGCAAUAGUUGGGAAUGAUCAAAGGUCAGGCUCCUUUUGGAAGCGCAUAUCUGAGUACUAUGGAUCAAGUACUCAUGGACUUGGAGGUGCUGAGCCAAGACUCCCUGACCAUUGUAGACAAAGGUGGCAAAAAGUCAGCAGGCAUAAUGCUCACCAAAUCUACACUAAGAUUUACAAGAAGAAGUUUGCUUUGGAGUAUGCUUGGAAUGUUCUUCGCUAUGAACAGAAAUGGCUAAACCUGGAGGCUAUGAACCCCACUCCUAAUAAGUCAACCAGCUCGAACAAACGCAAAGCAAAUGAUGCUGCACCAUCUUCAGGCUCUGUAGUAGGUGAGCACGAGAGUAGGCCUCCUGGCAUAAAGGCAAUGAAAAAAUUAAGAAAGACCAAAGGUAAAGAGAAGGCCUCAGCAUCGGCUGCACCAUCUGCUGCAUCUGCUACACCAUCUGCUGAGUUUAGUAAAAUGUUUGAGCUAAAACAGAAGGAUGUGGAGGGAAUGAAAGAACUCCAAAAGCUGUCCAUUCUUGACAGUCUAAUUGCCAAGAAAGAAAAUCUGGAUGAAGAAGACAAAAUUGUAAAGAAGAAGCUAGUUGCUGAACUUUUUUAACUUAGAAUAAACACUAGAUGAUUUGUCUGUUUGUCUUAUGUUUGUUUUAACUAUGUUUGUCUUUUGUUUUUAAUGUGCUUAUGAAUCAGAUAUGUAACAUUGUUCAACUUGUUC